UCCUUUUAUAUCCCCUCAACCAAACACAACCUUAAACAUAAACACACAAAAAUUCUCAUUCUCUUCCCUACACUAGCACCCAAUACUCUCUUACUCUCAACUCUCAACCAAAAAAAAACCGGAAAAACAUUCUCUAUUUAAAACCAAACAGACCGUAAUGCCGACAGAAGCGGCGGAAAGAAGGGCGGUUGUAAGGGCACAACAAAUGGGGGCCCCACUACCACCGGUUGAACAACAGGACCCACUUCCAUGUCCACGCUGUACUUCACUUAACACCAAAUUCUGUUACUAUAAUAACUAUAAUUUUUCACAGCCACGUCACUUUUGUAAGGCUUGCCGUCGUUACUGGACUCACGGUGGGACCCUCCGUGAUAUCCCCAUUGGUGGUGGAUCUCGCAAAACCGCUAAACGCUCUCGUACAUCUUCUGCUUCUUCUGCCACGUCGACUUCUUCUAUCGGGUCGAUUCUUGAACCCAUACCACUUACUCAGGCCCAAGCCCAAACCCAAACCGAAUCCCAAUUGUUUGUUUCUCUCCCUUCGAUUGGGGGUAAUGGUGGGUUUACGUCGUUAUUGAGUGGUGGUGGUGGUGGGCCCACAUCAGGGAUUUUAGCUUUAGGUGGGUUUGGACUCGGGUUAGGGCUUGAUGAUGUUGGGUUUGAGCUUGGACGUGGAGUGUGGGCUUUCCCUCAUCAUGAUGUUGGCCCGUAUGAAAACUGUGGUUCUGGUAAUGGUGACGUGGAAGGCGGUCAUCGCGGCGGAAUUCAAAGUGGAGGAAGUAGGAGUGACACGUGGCAAAUGGAGAGUGGUGAAGUAGUUGGGUUUGUUGGUGCUGAUUGCUUCACUGCUUUACCUGAACUUGCUAUUUCCACCUCAGGCAAUGGUCUCAAGUGAGAAAUUUUCAUAUUUUUAUUUUCAUUUUCCUUUAAAAAAAAUGAAAUUAAAAGAAAAAUGAAAAAUAUUUUAUCUUUUAUUUAUACUAGUGUAAUGUGAAGGUGGGUCUAGCUGUAAUUUUGAUGGUGGUAAAUUAGGGUAGGUUAAAUUAUAAGAAGUAUGGUAAUUGGUAUGUUUAAAUUGGGUUUAUAAUUGACCUGCCAUGAACAGCUUAAGAUCAUACAAGUAUUAUCAUGUGUAAUUCAGUUUUGGUUGUUGUAUCUUCUUAUGCUUUAUUUGCUUAUGUUGUUCCAUGAAUGGGCUCUAAAUCCUUGCUUAAUGAAAUUAAUAUGAAUGUGGA